UCGUUCAUUUUAUUAUAAGUUUUAAGUUGACGAAAAUUUAUUACAGAAUUAUCAAACAUUCAGCCAUGAAAAUCAUAAACAGUUAAAUAUAAAUCCAAAUUACGUGCAAAAAUUAGCAGUGAAUGAUUGGAUUCUUAGCGAAUGGAAUUCGAAAGAAAUAUGGCAAGUCGAAACGUGUGUGGUACGUAGAUAGUAAUAUAUGAGACGUGUGAGGGCGUUCGAACAGCUGUUGCUUCUGGAAUUUCAGUCGCGAAAAAGUACCUGCUAAACUUUAACGAGCGUGAGCGAGAGAGAGCCAAGUUUACACACGUAAAGCUUUAGCUCAAAACCCACUCGGGCUGCCGUCAUCGUUAACAGCAAAUGUGUUAACCAUUGCUUAGUCGAACGGACAACGAAGUUGCAUACGCAACAUAUAAUUUGGUUUGCGGGUCGUGUCGCUGCGUGAAUUAUUGUGUUGUGUGCGUACUAUUUGUUGUUGUGCGUGGCAAAGACAGUGACCAAAGAGACCCAAAGCAGAGCUUGUGUUUUUGUUUACAUAUUGACGGACGCGCACACACGCAAGCACACAUUUGCUGUGCGACUCUAGUGACGUCACAAAUUUUGAUCGUACCGAGCAUUUGCGUAUUUUGAGAAAUGAGACAACAAUACUGCGGCGCCUUGGGGCAUCUGAUGCGUCAUUGCCAAACGCAGAUCAGGCUAACACCAAUGCUGGCCAACAACAGCAGUUGCUUCCCCCGACGACUCACCUUCCGCAGCAGCAGCAAUAGCAACAGUUAUCAUUAUCACAACAACAACAAUAACCACAGCAAUGUGCGGCACAAAGCUGCUGCUGUUAGUGAUGGCCGCAGUUACUCCAAGUUUAGCAGUCACCUCAACAGCGAACGUGCCAUGGAACUACUCUGCAAUCUGGAUGAGGACGAACGUCACAAUCUCCGGGAUGCCAUGUUCAAGAUGGAAUCGGACAAAGUGAAGAAGUUGUACGAGAGUCAGCUGGCAGUUGGCAGCUGGCGAACUCGCUUUGGACGACUCUCGAAUAAGACGCCGCUGGGCGCUGUGGAUCCAUCGGGCACAUUUUGUGCCAUGCCAGACGAUUGGCUUAAAAAGAAAUUGGUGGAAGCAGCAGAACCGCCAACGGCAGCACAGCUUUAUAGCAUUUUCUUUGUGAAUGCGGUGCCAUUUAUCGCCUUUGGCUUUCUGGACAAUUUCAUCAUGAUCAUGGCCGGUGAAUAUAUUGAAAGCUAUUUGGGUCACUUCAUAACGCUAUCGACGAUGGCCGCCGCUGGCCUGGGCAAUACGAUUAGUGAUAUUAUUGGCAUUACCACAGCCUCCUAUGUGGAAUCCACCUGCCACUUAUUGGGCCUGAAGCAGCCCCGAAUGACUCCACAGCAAUUUGAACUACAGUCCAGCAGACGAGCCUCCAGUUGGGGUCGCAUUAUAGGCAUCACUAUUGGUUGUUUGCUGGGCAUGUGUCCAUUGUGGUUUAUAACGCCCGAGGAAAAGGAAUGUCCAAAGGAGUAGAGAGCAAAUAGUUUUCUAGUAAAUUCGUCAAUUGUUCAGGACUGAUGAACGUCGUAGUCCACACAAAAAGUAUAAAUGAUUUUCGUUCUGCAAAGAGACACUCAAAGUACCUACUGACUACUAUACUAUUCAUAUAUUCAUAAGUUUUUAUAUAGUUUAAAAAAUAUGUUAGGUUUUACAUGAAUGAGUAUAUUGUUAUAUGAGCACUUUGAGCACUGAUUCUGACUGCACUCACACACUCACACACACACAGAAUGUAAAAUCCAAGUUGCUUUAAGUUUUAGGAAUGAGCUCAAGACCAGUUGAAAGCAAUCGGAAACAAUUGAUAUUUGAUAAUUUGUAAUUCACUGAAUCGAAAUACUAUAUCAAAAAUAAAAAAAACAUUUAAAAAUACAUAUAUGGUAUAUAUAUAGAGCAAAUUGAUUAUAUAGUAGCUGCAAAAGGUCCAAAUAAAAAUCUAAAAUCAAAAAUAGCCAUUUUUUGUAGAGUAUUUAGAUGAGAAAGAUCAUUAAUGGAAAUUAAUUGAAUUAUCAAUUGCUGUAGUGCAACUAAAUUUGCAAAAAUUAUUAACUCAAGAUCAUAGAAUGCCUUCAACUGUCCUAAUUUUAAACUCGCCACACUGCAAAGUGCCUACGAAAUGCUUUAAACUUUAAACUCACUUCCUGAAGAUAUUCAACUCAUAUCUUUAUACUAACUAACUAUAACUAACAUAUAUGUAUAUGUAUGUAUGUGUACAUUUGCUUUAAAUACAGUUACAACAAACGAAAUCAUUAGCAACAUUUUUAAUGUUAAAGAAAAAUGUCCAAAAUUGUAGAGAGCUUACAAGUGAAUAAAUCA